AUGACUGCUACUCUCUUUCAGGCCGUCAAGGACGGCAACGUCGAGCUUGUCAGCUCCCUCCUCGAAGAGCCUUCGCUUGACAUUGAUGCCCGCGACGAAACCGGAAACACUGCUCUCCUCUACGCAGUCCGAGGUAACCACAUCGACGUUGUCUCGCAACUUCUCGUCAAGGGUGCCAACGCCAUCGACGUAGCCCAAGACUCGACGCUCAAGCAGAACCCCGAGCUCGAAGCCAUGAUCAACGGCGCGUUGCAGCACACCCAAUCCACUGCCUUCCAGACUGCCCCCGUCAUCGACUCUCACGGAGGCAAGCAGCUUCCUGACGGCACCGUCAGCUACGUUCAGCCCCCCAACUACCAGGCUCACUCGUCCAUGGACGCAUCUCUCCACCAGCAGCACGCUUUCCACCACGCCAUGUCUCAGCCUAUGUACCCCUUCCAGCCUCCGCACAACAGCUUCUUCGACCCAACACACCAGCCAGAGCACCGUGGCCAUGCCUCCAAGGACAGCGCUUCCGGCAGCCUGCCACCACCUGACGUUGCAAAGAUGAUCCCUUGCCGCUUCUUCCCCAACUGCCGUUAUGGCGACAAGUGCAUGUUUGCUCAUCCUGUCGCCAUGCCGUCGUCCGCGUCCAACGCUGGGCCCGUCUCGCCAGGCGCCCAGAUGUUCUACCCCUCGCACGGCUAUGGCUACCCCGCCUAUGGUCCUCCUCAGCACUUCUACUCCAUGGCUCCUCCCAUGCCCAUCCAGUACACCCAUGCCGGCGUUCCGAUGCCCGUUCACAUGCCUCCUCCCCCGCACAUGGCGCCUGCUUCGCACUCUGCUGAACAGGGCGAGUCGUACGGCAACCACUUUGACGCGCAACACCAACAGCCUUUCGAGCCUGAGCAGGCGCAAGAGGACGACACCAAGAAGGCGACCGACAACGAAGCUUCUCAGGAUGCUCCGGCCGAGACGUCGCCUGCCGCUGUCUCCGAGGAGACCAAGGCCGACACGGCUGCUGUCGCCACGGACAAUGAGGCUGCGAAGGCAUCAGCACCAACAAGUGCCAGCAACACCACCUCUUUCAGCGCUUUCAUGGCUCACCACGCUGCUCCUUUCCAGCCAGGUCCGGGCGCACCCAACGGACUGUCGGUCGGAGCCGACGGCAACGUCAUGAGUGGCUCGCAGCCUUUCUCUCGUGGCUCCAAGGGCCCCCGUCGCGGUGGAGCAUCGAUGGGUGGCGCUUUCGGCUCGCGCACCGAGUUUGGCAAGCGCUCCACUGAGCGCCCCGCCUGCCACUUCUUCGCUCGCUCUGCCUGCAAGCACGGCGAGGACUGCCGCUUCCCUCACAUCCUGCCCGAUGGCACCGACAUGCGUGGGCCCAACGCUGGUCGUUCGAGUCACUCGAUCGAAGCAGCUCGUGCCAUCAACCGCGCAUUGGCUGCCAAGAACACCAGAGGCUCGACCAACGGCUCGCAUGCCAACGGAACCGGUGCUGCUCUUUCUCAACAGACUGGCGCUGCCAGCGACACGAGCAGCCUUCCUUCUGCCUCCACGAAUGUGACGGUGUCGACUUCGCCUGCCUCGGCCCAGACCACCAUCACCUCGGCCGACCAGAACGAGGCUUCCGAGUCUCCUUCCGCCGACAAGGUUGUGUCCCAGGAUGCUCACGAUGAAAAGCCCGAGGCCGUCGUCAACCACCCCGCUUCGAAUGGAGCUGCCAAGAAAGAGCAAGUCAAUGGCCCCAAGGCGAACGGCGUCACCGCUACUGCCUCGGCAUCCUCCGCGCCAAAAGCGACUGCUUCGGGCAAGUCCGAGUCCAAGGGCGAGAACACGGCUAACGGCAAACGCGUCGCUGCAGCUGGCAAGUCGGAAGACGGCAAGCCUGCUUCCGCUCUGCCUAGCAGCAUCAACGGCGACCGCAUCCCUGCGUCGGUCCCCUCCAAGCCCGUGCUCAACGGCAAUGCCAAUGGAGCCGCUCCUGCCAACCGACAGAAUGGCGCCAAGCCCCAGCCGAACGGCGUUCAGGGCGGCAAGGGCCAGCAGAACCAGCAGGGCGGUGCUCGCGCACGCACCAACCAGAACGGCAAUGGCCGCGCGAACGGUCAGACCGGUCAGAACGGCGCUGCCCAGAAGAAGUAUGCGCCUCAGCAGCGCCUGCCGAGUGCGGACGACUUCCCUGCUUUGUCGAUUGGCCCCGGUUCAUCGGCGCCUGCUGCUGCUCAAGCGUCCAGCGCGAACGGUGCGGCCACCAAGGUCAACUUCUCGGCCAUCUUGUCGGCCCCUGCGCCUCCUAAGAAGCAGCCCGAGCCCGUCAAGGAGGUCGAGGCUGCCGCUGCUGCCGACGAUAAGGUCACCGCCGUUUCGUCGGAAGAAGUCAAGCAGACCGAGACUGAGUCCAAGUCGAGCUCGGCUGCCGCUCCCAAGCAGCCCUCUUCGACUGUCAAUGGCACGGCCGCUCCGAUGCUUGACUUUGCUGCCGUAGUGCAAUCGAACCCCGUCGCCGUCUGA